AUGCCUUUAUCUCUGUUGCGAAAUUUUUGACGGAAAUGGACUUUUUUGGAGGGGGGGGGGGGAGGCCUUAAGGGCUAAAGUGUGGAACUCACCAACUCUGACUAUUAUAAAUUUAGGAUAUAUUGUCAGAGAUGUGCAAUAUUUAGACUAGUUAAAAUUUACAGUAAUCUUAGAUUGAUAGAAUGAUCUUUCACUUUUCUUCUUCCACCUUCCGGUUAGACAUGAAGCCAUAAAAGUCAUCGUUUCGAGAUCUAUCUUUGACAAACCAAUAUUCCGAAACUAAUCUGAAUUUUUUCUAGCUUUUGCGGAUGCUGCAACUGCUCCAGUUGAUUUUAGUAUAGCACCUUCAUUGGCUGUUCCAAAGGUAUAGAAAAUUAUUUUUUUUUUGUCUUAAUAUCAAUUUAAUUGAAUUCAUCUAGCUUUUGAAACUUGCAAAUCUUGAUAAGAAAGAUAUUGCCCUGUGGGAAUUUAAUGAAGCAUUUAGUGCUGUUGCAUUAGUUAAUGCAAAAUUACUUGGUAUUAGUCUUGAUAAAAUAAAUAUACAUGGUGGUGCUGUUGCACUUGGACAUCCAAUUGGAAUGUCAGGUGCAAGAAUUGUCGUGCAUUUAUGUCAUAGUUUAAAAACAGGCGAAAAAGGUGUUGCCGGUGUAUGUAAUGGUGGUGGUGGAGCAUCGAGUAUUUUGAUUGAAAAACUCUAA